CUUUUAUUGAGUAGUUCCAAGCAUUGUUAGCUUAAUUGUAGAAUAAUGUUACUUAUUAUAACAUUAAAAACUUUUAUUUCUUAAAUUUAUUUCAGUCCUUGAUCACAACAUACCAACUAAAUAUUUGUACAAUGAUAUGUACAUGAAUUUCAGAAUGUUAUCAAUGGAUUGCGCCGAAAUAUUAGGUCUCCAUUUCAAACCAACUUGUGUCACAUUGCAAUGUAAUGAAAAAAGAAAUACCAACCAUCAAGUUAUAAUAACGAGAGGAGCUGCUACGUCGACGAUUAAAACCUUUUCUAUAGAGAAUCUAGGAGAAGCUUUCUAUAAGAAUUUAGAGACCGUUGUACGUCAUCCUAAUUUUAAAUUAAGAAGACUCCAAUCAAAACUGUCUUCUGUCGCUGACACGUGCUCGAUACAAUCACCCAAUAACGGCAGUUUGGGUAGUGCUGAACCGAGUAUAUGUACUUCCAGAUCGAGCAUAUAUUCUUCCAAUGUUACGUUAUUUACAAAUAGUGUGCCUUUAACAUCAAGGGCAAAUACUACUUUAUCAUCAUAUUAUGUAUCAAAUAAGUCGUUAUUGUCACCUUCAAAAUUAGAAAGUUCCAGCCAGAAAAUGUUGGUUAUCAAAAUUAUAGAAAUUAUAAAGAAAAUAUUGCUCAUAAAAAUUUUGACCAGAAUAACAUCGACAGAAGGAUCUUAUGUAUUGAAUUCAUCGAAAGCGCCAUUAAAUUUCCUAAUAAUGAAAGUACGCAAAGUAUUAAUUGCUUUUGCGAUUUUUACUUUUGUAUUUCACUUUGAUGUUGUUUUAGCCGAUCAAGUUAUUCUGCUGGAUACGACAAGAGAAGCUACUUUGGAGUGGACUCGGUAUCCUUAUGGACCACAUGCUCAAACACCGGGGUGGGUUGAGGAAUCAUUUACAGAUUUUGUAAAGGGUAUAAAUUGGCGAAGCUAUGUCGUUUGCGAUGUUGCAUAUAACAAUGUCAAUAAUUGGUUAUGGUCUCCUUUUAUCGACCGAGGACCUGCAAACAGAUUAUACAUUGAAAUUAAGUUUACUAUACGUGAUUGUUCCCUAUUUCCAGGAAAUGCACUCUCCUGUAAAGAAACGUUUAGCCUUUUAUUCUAUGAAUUUGAUGCUGCUACUCGAGAACCUCCACCGUGGCAAACCGAUAGUUAUAAGUUGAUCGCACGUAUAGCUGCAGGAGAAGGCCGCUUCAAUCAAAAUUCUGACGUUGAUAUAAACACUGAAGUCAAAAGUAUUGCCGUAACAAAGAAAGGUGUUUACUUUGCAUUCCGUGAUCAAGGAGCCUGCAUAAGUGUGUUAGCAGUAAAGGUUUACUAUAUCACUUGUCCUGCAGUAACGGAAAAUUUUGCUCAUUUCAAUGAAACACCAACGGGAAGAGAAAUUACUAUAAUUGAAAAACAAAAUGACACCUGUAUUGAAAAUGCGGAACCAUAUGAGACACCUACACACUUGUGUAAAGGUGAUGGCAAAUGGACAAUUCUAACUGGAGGCUGCCAAUGCAAGGUUGGAUAUGAGCCAGAUUUCAUAAAUAAAACCUGUAAUGAAUGUCCGAUAGGGAAAUUUCGUUCAAAAGAUGUUAAUAAAUGUGUACCAUGCCCACCUAAUUCAAAUGCGCUAAAUCUAGCAGCAGGAUUUUGUAAAUGCCUUCCUGGUUAUUAUCGACAUCCACACGAUGGAAAGCACAUGCCUUGCAAUAAACCGCCCGGACCUCCCACGAAUUUAACUUUGUUAUUUGUGGACCAAACAAGUGCAAUUCUUUCUUGGAAUGUGCCCAUAAGGGAGUUAUUAGAAUCAUCAUUUUCUUUGAAAAAAACUAAAUAUCGCAGUGAAAUUGUGUAUAAAGUACGAUGUCUGUCCUGCUCCUCCAACGUUGUGUUCAAUCCAGCAUUAGAUUCAUUUAAUGAAACCAAAUUAACCUUAACUAAUUUGGAACCAGUAACAACGUACACAAUUCAAAUACAUUCUAUGAACGGUAUUUCAAGCCUGAUGGAAGCGGACAAUAAUUACAACGAUUCUUCUGAAGAUAAUAAAAAUACCGCCCAAUUUGGAUCUUUCAAUGCUACACUUGAAAAUCCCUUAAUGUCUACUAAUGUAAAAUCAUCGACAGAGUCUGCAAUCCUGUCCACUGUAUUUAAUGUUCACGUUGUUGCGACCACAAGUAGGGAAGUAGAUUUGGUAUGGGACAAAUCUAUGCAAAGUGAUUAUCCUAUUGAAUUUUAUGAGGUGCGUUGGUUUCCCAAACCGGAGCUGGAUUCAGUUAAUAAAACUGUAUUCAAUACAAAGGAAACUAGAGCUCAUAUCGAAGGACUCACUGAAAAUACGGAAUAUGGGUUUCAAGUUCGGUGCAAAACAUUGAAUGGAUACGGCACUUACAGUAACAUUGUUUAUGCUCAAACACACCAGAGCAUGAAUUCAGGGUACGAUGACUCUAUACAUAUGCGAAUUGUUGCUGGUGCUACUGUUGCUCUUGUUUUUAUAUUAGUACUAGUAAUUGUUUUGUUACUAGUACAGUUUUGUUCUUGCGGUCGAAAAAUCAAGAUGAUCUUGACAAAAAGUCGAGCAAUUACUUGCCAUUGCCUCUGGAUUACGCUAGCAAUGAAGGUCAAAAACAACAACACCACAACAGUACGUAAAAUUAGCAGAAAUAAUGGAGAAAAAGCCAGAUAUAGCUAACGGUUUUCACAAGGGACCUAAGGAAGAUGUGCAGGCUUUUUGGCAAGAGGUGGCUUCUAAUUUAAAUGCACUUGGUCCACCAUCUAAGGACUCACUUGCGUGGAGAAAAGUAAGUAAGUGAAAACGAAUUUUUAAAUUCUAACGUUUCGUUACAGGUUUGGAUUGACUGGAAGUGCUACAUCAAACGCAAGC